CGCAACACCAAAGCAGAGUUAGCUAGUACUACUACACUUGCAACGCUCCAUCAAAAGUUUUGCAUGGACAUGGCCAUGUCGUCGCGGCUGGCUCUGUGCCUCGCGGUGGUCGCGGCGUGCGCGGCGGGCGGCGCGGUGGCCGACUGGUCACCGGCGACGGCGACGUUCUAUGGCGGGAGCGACGGGUCCGGGACGAUGGGCGGCGCGUGCGGGUACGGCAACCUGUACGACCAGGGGUACGGCGUGGACAACGCGGCGCUGAGCCAGGCGCUGUUCAACGACGGCGCGUCGUGCGGGCAGUGCUACCUGAUCGUCUGCGACACGAGCAGGGCGCCGCAGUGGUGCAAGGCCGGCACGGCGGUGACCGUGACGGCGACCAACCUGUGCCCGCCCAACUGGGCGCUCCCGAGCGACGGCGGCGGGUGGUGCAACCCGCCGCGGCCGCACUUCGACAUGUCGCAGCCGGCGUGGGAGCAGAUCGGCGUGUACCAGGCCGGGAUCGUGCCGGUGCUGUACCAGCGGGUGAGGUGCUGGCGCCAGGGCGGGGUGCGGUUCACCGUCGCCGGCCUCAACUACUUCGAGCUCGUGCUCAUCACCAACGUCGCCGGCAGCGGAUCGGUGGCCAGCGCGUGGAUCAAGGGGACCAACACCGGGUGGAUCCAGAUGUCGCGGAACUGGGGCGCCAACUGGCAGUCGCUCGCCGGGCUCGCCGGCCAGGCGCUCAGCUUCGCCGUCACCACCACCGGCGGCCAGUACCUGCAGUUCCAGGACGUGGCGCCGGCGUGGUGGCAGUUCGGCCAGACCUUCUCCACCUACCAGCAGUUCGACUACUAGAUGAUGAGUAAAAUGGUUCGUCAUUUUAACGGAGCUUAGCUAGCAAUAGCAAAGCUGUACUUCCUUCCACCGCUUAUUCCUUUAUUCCUGUGCUGCUCGAUCGUCACACGAUCGAUGCUGAUAAUCUGUUUCCUAAAUUUUUCCUUGAUUCUAUUGCCAAUAUUAAUUAUGUA